CAUUUGUUUUAACAACACUGUAAUUAGUUGUCACACUGUAGUUAUUAGCACGUCAGCAAAUGAAAAAAUUUCAAAAAGUUGUAGAAUGAAUCUUCAAUACCUGUACAGAAAAGAAAAUAUUGAUACUUACGUUAACAAUAUUAUCAAGUACCAACUUGGAGGAUUUAAGAAGGAUGAUGAUGCAACUGACUAUAAGUUUCUUCUUAACAACAAAUUCGGAGUAGGUAACAAUUCUUAUUAUGUUUUAUAUUUGGGAGCAGUAGAUAGUGCUGGUAAACUUCCACUAGAUUUUUUCUUUGAUAAAUCAAAACAACCUACUCAUGAGAAAAGAGAUGAUCGCAAGGAUGUUUUUGAUGAAUUAUUACCAGUAAUAUUGUUAGAAAAAAGUUGCAAAGCAAAAAUAUUGUUUCCUUUCAAUGUCACUAAUAUUCACUGGCUUACUGGAGAAAUUGUUAUAGAUAAAAAUGGUGAUAAUGUUUCAGUAGUAUUAUACGCCCAUAAUCCUUACGGUGGCGGGCAGUUAUCAAAGGAAAGCUUUAGCAUACUUAAGGCUACAUUACUCAAAAUCAUAGAAAAAACUGGCUUGCAGGUAACAUCUAUAACGAGCUUGUUAAGUCCUUUUACUAAUGCAAGACAAACUAUAUCAGAUGAAACAUCCUGCGGCAUAAUUGUAGCUGAUGAACUUGUGAAAAGAAUAACCAACAGCAGCCUUAAUAUAUCAGCACCUUAUCCACAAGGUGCAGAGCAGUUACGUUUAUCACAGCUUACUUUUCUACAAGAAAAUUUGGGAGAAGAAAAUCUAAAUUAUCAGCUAUUUAAACAGCAAGUUACACUUAUAGAUACUCAUUUAGAGGAGAAUUCAUAUAUCGAAUCUUUAGAUUACGUUGCAAGACCACCAAUAGAAAGAAAACUAAUCAUCGGAGAAGUAAGAAAAAAAGUAGAACAAAUAGUAAGUUCAGAAGAAAGUAACAUUGUCAAAAUUAAUCUACUAAAGCAACUAGAGAAAGAACACUAUAAACCUUUGGUCCAGCAACUUGCUUACAAAAAUAGUCUAGAAGAGUUAAAGGAUUUGCUAAUAGUCUUUAAAGAUUUAGGCUAUUUAACAAUCAACCUAGGAGAGCUAAGUGGCGAACUAAAAUAUUAUACCGAAACUGCAAUAUUUUAUCAAUAUAUUAUUACAAUAUUAGAUGAAAAGCUAAACGAAAAAUUGAUAAGUACAAAAGAUAAAAAUGAAUUUACAAAACAAGAAAAACUAAAUCCACUAAAGAAACUAACCCAUUUACAACAGCUAAUAUUCUCCACAAUCGGUGGAGAUCAAGAAAAAAUACCGGUUGUUCAAGAAGAAACAAAGACAAAUAAAGACCUAUUAUUAGUAUUGCGAAACAAAAUUGAUAAAGGGAUGCAAAAAGUAGAAUAUUAUCGACAACAAGUAAAGAUUGAAAAGCAAGAAAGUAAAGUAAAAUAUCAGGAGUUGUAUGUGAGCACUGCGAGAGCUUUGUUUGAUGAAACCGCAAGUGAAAUGAAAAAGUUUCUAGCGAAGUUAUAUAAUGAUAGUGAACAACAAAUGGCUAUAAUACCACCCUGUAAAUACGCAUUAUUAGGACUCGGUUCAAUGGCACUAAAGCAAAUGACGCCAUAUUCAGAUUUAGAGUUUGCUAUUCUUACCGAGAAUGAGGAGUACAAACACAGUAUAGAUCCCAAGGUAAGAGAUUAUUUUAAGAACUUAAGUUACUUCGUAAAUUUUAAGAUAAUCAAUCUUGGUGAGAGUAUUAUUCCUACCAGUAAAUAUGAUUUAGAUAUGGCCCACCUCGUACAUGUAGCGGUUAACUUUGAUCUCGGAGGCAAAACACCUCUUGGAAGAAUAGAUAAACCAUAUGAACUUAUAAAAACAGUGGAAUGGAUGAUGUAUUACGUACGUAAUGAGGGAGAUAAAGCCAGUCAUAGAGAUAAGAAUCUACCAUAUAUACUUGAAAACGUUUGUUAUGUGCAUGGAGAUGUGGAACUUGUAAAAACUUAUAAAGCUAAAGUGACUGAAUAUUUGCAUAGUAAAAACGAAGAUGAUCCACUAGGCAGAUUAAACUGUGAAGUAAGAGCAAUUAAACUACUAAAGGAGGGAGCGGUGGAAUUUAACUAUCUUCAGAAAGUAUCGAGUUUAAAACCAAAAGAAAUUUUAUUUAAAAGUGAUUUAGAUAAGUUGCAACCUAAAUUGUUUGACACGGAGGGCAAAUUAUUUGACGUAAAGCAGGAGAUCUACCGGUUACCUGAUCGAAUGGUGUACAACCUUGGUCUGUAUUUUGGUAUUGAAGGAGAUAGUUGUUGGGAUACAGUGGAUAAAUUAGCAGAGCAAGGAAUAAUUAACCUAGAAGCAGCAUCAAACUUAAAAAAUGCUAUAACUUUUGCCACUACCCUUCGAUUAAAGACCUAUUCCCACCAUAAAGCGCAAAAGGAUGAUAUGGCUAUAUAUCCUAAACCAGCUAAAACGGAAUCUGAACUUAAAGAACAAGCUCAAAAAAUAUUUCAUUUAUCUGAGGAAGAUCUAGAAGAAGAAGGAGGGUUAUUUCAAUAUUUUUAUACAGCAAUACCUCUAUAUGAGAUGUUAGAGAAAUUUUGUAUUAAUUACUCCAAGAAAAAGUUAGAGCAAGAUAAAAAAAACAGCUUUUUUAAGGGUAAUACAUUUUAUGAUAAUGGUUACGCAAUAAAAGGACUAAUUUGUUAUAGGUUGGUCAACUACAAAACGGCAGAAGUUUAUUUAGAGAAAUGGUUAAAUUUACAAGAAAAUCAAUAUAAUGUACUCAGUAAUGAACAUCAUUUAAUUAGAGUUUAUGUGUUGAAACGUACACUUCAAAAAAUUUAUAUUGAAUUUGGAAAUAAACGGCAAGCUAUUAUUCAUUUAAAAGAUUGUUUAAAGAUAUCGGAACUUAUUUGUAAUAAGAACUUAUAUAGAGAUGUUUUAGUGAAUUUAGGUGACCUUUACAAGUUUUCAAAAAAGUAUGACAAAGCAAUAAGUUAUUACAACAAAGCCUUAGAGUUUACAGAACAUGAAGAUGAUCGUGCUGGAAUUUUUAACAACAUGGGAAUAGUAUACCACGAUAUAAAAGAAUUUGAUAAAGCGAUUGAACUACAUUCAAAGAGUUUAAAUAUUUUCAAACUCCAUUGUCCAAACUCAAUAAAUCUUGGUAUUGCAAUAACGUAUAUCAACCUAGCUAACUGUUAUAAUGGGAAAAAAGAAUAUAAAAAUGCUAUUAGUCACUAUAAUAAAUCUUUUAAAAUAAUCAAAAAUCUAUUUAAAGGUGAGCCUCAUUUUAUAACUAUUGAUUUACUCAAUAAUAUGGGAGUAAUAUAUAACAAUCUUGGUCAAUUUGAUAAAGCGGUUGAAUGCUUAACUAAAGGUUUGAAACUUCAAAGAACUAUACAUAAGGAUGAGCCUUCUCCAGCUAUUUCUGACUGCCUUUUUAAUUUAGGUAACAUUCACAAUAAUAUGCAAAAAUUUGAUCAAGCAAUUGAGUACUAUAAAGAAAGCUUAAAAAUUCUAAAAGUUAUACAUAAAAAUUAUCCAUUUCCACCAAUUAGAGAUUGUUUAUUUAAUCUAGCUCUAACUUAUAAAAAAAUACAAAAAUUAGGCGAGGUAAUUAAAUGUUUAACCGAAUGUUUAGCAAUAGAAAGAAUCAUAAAUAAAAAUAAACCUACCCAAGAUCUUACUAACUGCCUAACGGAACUUGGUAUCGCUUAUUAUGAAUCUGAGAAAUUUGACGAAGCCAUAGAGUACUUAAAUGAGUGUGUAGAAAUAAGAAAAUAUAACGUGGUAGACACUAAAAGCAUUAGCAUGGCACAAACGUUGAAUUAUUUAGGUUUAUCUCACUAUAAUAAAGGCAACUACAAUACAUCAAUUAAGUUUUUAAAAGAAAGUUUAAAAGUUUUUAAAUUUAUUUAUAAUUGCCAACCACAUGAAGAUAUUAUCAAGAUAUUAAUUAAUAUAGCGAACUGCCAUGCAAAAAGUUCUGAAAAUAUAUCAGCUAUAAACUUUUAUAAUGAAAGUUUAGAAAUGGUAAAGUUAAUUCCUAAUGGCAAACCUUGCUAUGAGAUGUCUAAUGCCCUAAAAGGGUUAGGCAAUGUUUGUGCUAUUGAAAAAAACUUUAAGGAAGCUAAAAAAUAUUAUGAUCAAUGUUUUGAAUUAUUGAAUAACAUCUACAGUAAUAAAACUUCUUUAAAAGAAGUGUUUGAUUCUCUUAAACAGUUAGGAAACGCCUACAUGCAUAUUAUAGAAUAUGACAAAGCAAUAGAAUGUUUUCAAGAAGGUUUAAAGGUCCGAAAACUUGUUAACAGUAAAGAACCAGAUAUCGAAGUUGCAAAUAUAUUAAAUGCUAUCGGAAUAGCCUACUAUCACAAAAAAAAUUAUAACGAAUCGUUAAGUUACGGUAUUCGUUGUCUAGAGAUGAGAAAAUGUAUUUACGCAGAUAAGUCUCCUCUAGAUAUUUCUAAUAUUUAUAUGAAUCUUGCAUUAAGUUACAAUGCAACUCAAAAUUUUGAGAAAACAAUAAAAUGUUGUGUUCAUACUUUACGUAUUAUGUCAAAUUUUCCGCACAGCUUUGUAAAUGCUUAUUAUAAAGAAGUACAUAUUCUUACAAUGCAAUCAAUUAUGAAUUUUAUUAAAACAAAUUCCUUGGAUCAUGAAAUUAUUUUAGAACUUAUAACGAUUUAUCAAGGAUUUAAUUUUUCGAAUUACAAAGCUUUUAAUCAGUUUAUAUUUUAUAAGCUCAUUCAAAAGGGAUUAACUGACUUGGUAAAAUUACAGUGCUGGUUUAAGCUUGCUUUGAUAUUAACUCCAAAAGAAGAUCGAAAGAUGAUACAAUUAAUCAAUGAUGAUAUGCUAAAACUUAGGUCUGUAAAUGAAACAAGUUUUAAAUUAUGGUUAGCUGUAGCCGAAGGAAAUACAAAUAAGGUAAAAGAAUUAAUUAAUGCUGGGAUUGAUCUGGAUAACAUACCAUUAUUCAUGAACUCCACCCCAUUAAUACAAGCAGUAAUUAAAGAAAAUAUUGAUAUGGUCUUAACAUUAACUUUAGGAAAGGUUGAUAUUAAUAAGCCUAAUAACAAUCAAGAUCAAAUUACCCCCUUAUAUUAUUCUUUAGGAGUUAAUGGACAACCAAUAAAUACGAAAAUGGUUGAUUUGUUACUUAAUAGAGGAGCUGAUGCCAAUAAACCAAUGUUUAAUGGUGAUACACCAAUGCAUAUGGCACAUUAUAGUGGUCAUAAAGAAGCAAUGAAAUUGUUACUACAUCACGGAGCUAGCAUUAAUCCCCAAAAUGCUGAAGGCAGGACACCAUUACAUUGUUUAUUAGGAAGUAGAGAUGUUAACACAGCAACUAAGCUAGAAAUAGUGCAAGAAUUUCUUGCAAUGUAUGAUGUGACUAUCAAGGAUCAAAGUGGUAAGUCUAUAACUAAUUAUGCUCAAGAAUAUUGCCCUGAAGUAUUGCCAUUAUUUCCUAAUAAUGUUCAGGAAAUAGAACCUGUAAUUGAUCCAAUUGAUUCAUCUACACCUAACCACAAAGUUAGUACAUAAUUUUAACAUAAAUAAAAUUUUUUUUGACAAUGCUUUAUCUGCAACAAAUCCAGAUUUAUCACUAAAUGAUUGAAUAAUCUAUGUAAUGAGUUAGUGUAUAUCUUUUUGCUCUAUGCAGCCUUAAAAUUCCUGUCUUUCUAAAAUAUGGUGCAUCACUUGCUAGAAUUUGGAAGAGUGAGCAUUAGGGAAUAUUAUAUGCAGUUAUCAACUGACGUAAUGAGCUACAUGCAAACACACAACUGUCUGAACCAUAGAAAAGCUUUAAAAUAUUUAAAAUGUCUAAGUUUAACAAAGUCUUUGUUAAACUUGAACUUGAACUUAAAACCUGAUCUAUGUAACCUGGAAUUUGACCAUAUGUGAAAGAAAUCUUUGCUCGGUCUUUUAGGCUUUAUUAAACUGAGAAUCCUCCGUCACUUUUUCUAAUUUUCCUCAUUCUUGUUAUUUGUUGAUAGUAGCGUGAUAUAUUGUUGCAACUAUCAACUUAUUUUUACAACUUUCCAAGUUAUUUUUCUUAUUAUCACUAGUCAAACUGUAAAAAUAUACAUUUUAACAAUCUAACUAUAUAGCUAUGCUGAAGUGUUUGCAUUUUUAAUCAAAGCAAAAAUGGGUGAUAUAAAAAUAUCUAAAAUUUCUAGGGUGAAUCUUUUAUCGUGGAGAAAUACGCGUUUGUUGAGAAAAUAUUGAUAGUAAUUUUAACGGUACUAUUAGGUACCAACAUGGAGGAUUUAAGAAGAAUAAUGAUGCUGCUGGCUAUAAAUUUCUUCUUAACAACUUAUUUGGAGAAGAUAAAAAAUCUUAUUACGUUUCGAAUUCGAAAGCUAUAGAUAAUGCUAAAAAUCUUCAGUUAUAUUUUUUCUUUGAUAUAUCAAAACAACCUGCUUCUAAAAAGAGACAUGAUUGUAAAUUUUUUUUUAAUGAAUUAAUACUGGUAAAGGUAUCCAAAAAAAUUGCACAGCCAAAAUAUUAUUUUCUUACAAUAUAAAUCUUUUUAUUAAUGGAUGACAAAAUAAGGUAGAUGCUACAUCUUGCAAAAUAAUUAUUAAUGAUAAGCUUGUGAAAAGGCUAACCUAAAAUAGCUAUAACUAUAUCAGCACAUUAUCUGCAAUGCACAGAGCAGUUACGCUUUUCACAGCUAUCAUUUCUACAAAUAAUAUUUGGAGAACACAAUCUAAAUUAUCAGCUCUUUAAAUAGCAAGUUACGUUUAAGGAAACUCAUGUAGAGGAAAAUUCAUAUAUAAAAUCUGUAAAAUAUGUUGCUAUACCAACAAUAAAAGCAAGGCUAAUAAUAAAAAAAGUAAAAAAAAAUAUAAUCAAAAGAAAGCAACAGUAUCAAAGUUGGUCAACUAAAGCAACUAGAUAAAUAUAUAAACAAGUAACUCUAAACAAGCAACUAGUCAAUAUAAAGAUUCAAGCAGAAUUAAAGAAUCUGUUAAUAUUCCUUUAUGGUAUAGACUAUGCAACCAUUAAGUUAGUAGAGUUAAGGAGCAAGCUGAAGGUAAAAAUAAUUUAUCAAUAUAUUAUUGCUUUAUUAAAUGAAAGGCAAAACAAAAAAUUAAUAAGAAAUUAGAAUAAUUUUUUUUAAUAAAACAAUGAAAAGUUGAUCCACAUCAACAUAAAACCAUAAAAAAUCUGGUGGUAUUUUAUGUAGUUGGUGGAAACAAAAAGAAAAUGCAUGUUGUUCAACAAGAAGUUUACACAAGUAAAGUUCAUUUACUGGCAUUUCUAAACAAAACUAAUCAAGAGAAAAAGAUAGAACAUUAUCAUUAACAAGUAAAGGCUAAUAAUUAAAAGAGAUGGAAUAAAAUAUUAAGAUACAAACAGAGUAAUGAUUCUAAGAUAUGUAUGGACAUUUAUAACCUCAUAAUAAACUUUAAGUUUAUCAAGUUAGAAAAAAGUAUAUAUCUAAAAUAAUAUGACAGUGAAAUUUGAUCUAGGAAUCAAAAAACCACUUGGAAAAAUAGAUAAUUACAAAGCAUAUAAAAAAAGUUGCAUGGGUGAUGAACUAUGUGCGUAAAGAGAGAAAUUAAGUAAGUCAUGUAAAUAAGCUCUUGCUAUAUAUACUAAAAAGUGUGUGCUACGUGUAAUGCGAACUGAAGCUUUUUAAUGACUAUCAAUGCAAUGCAAGGAUAUAGAGUUUCUUUAUAAUUAAAUUGAAGAUAAAAAAAAUUGUGAUUUAUUGAUUAACAAAGAGAUAAAAGCCAUUAUACGGCUAACAGAAAAAGCGAAGGAAAUUGACUGUUCUGAGGUUAUUUCAAUGCAUAUACCUUCUAUAUCUGAUCAUAAUAAAAAUUUUCGUCGCCUAUACUAUUAUAGUCUAAGCAAAGUCUAGAUUAUUUAAGACAUGAUCAACCAAUUAAUAAUCAUAAUGAAAACCUUUAGAUGAACACUGCUCAGCCAAGAUCAACCUCACUCUAGUGUUGCUAAUUCAUUAAAUAGUCUAGUGAACGUUUAUAUAAGACAACAUGACCAGGCAUUAAACAACUAUGAGAAGAGGCUAAUAUACAAACUCAUCUAUAAAGAAGGAUCUUAUCCAAAUGUUACUUGCUUUAUCAAUAUUGUUAGGAAGCUUACCAGAAUAAUGGACAAAUUGAUCAGACAUAAUAUAGUACUAUGAGAAGAGAAAUUAAGAUAUGCAAAUUCGUCCGUCAAGAUAAACAUUACCCUAGUGUUGCUUAGUUCUUUUUAUAAUCAAAGGGUUUAUAAUGCUAAAAAACAGUAUGACCAGGAGCCGUAUUCUUAUCUUUCCGUUAAGCUUAAAGGAGUGUUGGUCAAAAGUUUCUUUUUAACUAUAUUAAGAAGAAAAUUCUUUAAAAAUAUAGUUUUUAUACAUAAAUGUUUUAUUUUAGUAAACAAAUUUAAAUAAAGUUUUUGUCAUUUCUUUACUUUGAAAUAUUGUAAUGAAAUUUCAGACAAAAGCUCCGUUAGGCUUAACUUAGAAAUGUGAAUACGGCAGCAGGUGAUUAAGGAUUAUGAAAAAGUCUAAAGGUAUUCAAAUUAAACUAUUAUUUUAGAUAACUUAGGUGACUAUUAUUUUAGAUAACUUAGGUAAUGUUUCUAUUGACAGAUGUCAAUAUGAUCAGGCAUUUAUGUACUAUGAGGAAAGACUAGAGGUAGAUAUACUCAUCCAUCAAAGUCAAUCUCACCCAAGCUUAGUGAAUUCUUUAUAUAAUCUAUGGAGCGUUUGUGAUGCUAAAAGAAAAUAUGACCACACAACUACGUAUUGAGUUGAGCCUGAAGAUACACAAACUCAUCUAUAAAAAAACCUCAUUCAAAUAUUGCUGAUUCUUUAAAUAAUCUAGGGAACAUUAAUAUUGCUUUAUACCAACAUUAUCAGGUAAUCAACGAAUACGUAAAACCUUGAUAUAAACAAACACAUCUUUAAAAAAUAUAAAUACAAAUACAAUUGCUGCUUUUACUUUAAACUAUUUAGUGAAUGCUUAUAAUGCUAAAAAACAAUAUGGCAGUUAAGUCUUUUGAAGAAAGUCCGGAAUAAAAAACUGAUCAAACGAGAUCAACAACAUCAUUCUGUCGUGAUUCUUUAAAUAAUCUAGCAACGUUUAUAAUGUUAAAGAACAAUAUUAUGAGGAAAUUUAGUAAUAUAAAAAGAGCUUAAAGAUGAAUAAACCGAUUUAUCAGGAUCAAUCUUGGAAAUUUUUAAUCCCCUAAAUAAUUUAGUUAAUGUUUAUAAUACUAAUGGAGUAUAUGAUUAUCCAAUUAAGUAUUAUGAGAAAAUCCUAGAGAUAUACAAAUUUAUCUGUAAAUGGGAACCUUAUUCAUAUCUUGCUUUUUAAAUAAUCUAGGGAACAUUUAAAAUACUAAAAGACAAUACGAUGAAGCAAUUAUCUAUUAUGAGGAGAUAUACAAACUUAUCAAUAAAGCUCAACUUCAUCCCUGAGUUGCUAAUUUAUAACGAAUCUUUGGGAGUAUUUCUGAAGCAAAAGGACAAUAUGAUUAGGUGAUUAAGCAUUAUUUCUGAAGCAAAAGGACAAUAUGAUUAGGUGAUUAAGUAUUAUUUCUGAAGCAAAAGGACAGUAUAAUUAGGUGAUUAAGCAUUAUUUCUGAAGCAAAAGGACAAUAUGAUUAGGUGAUUAAGUAUUAUUUCUGAAGCAAAAGGACAGUAUAAUUAGGUGAUUAAGUAUUAUUUCUGAAGC